AUGGCUGUCGCAAAUAAAAUAAAAGGAAUCGUAAGCAAGAACAAGAGGAGGCUUCAGGAAGAUGGAUUUGAUCUUGAUUUGACUUACAUCUACCCUAAUAUCAUUGCUAUGGGCUUUCCGGCCGAGAACUUUGAAGGCGUUUACAGAAAUAACAUCCACGAUGUCGUCAGGUUUUUAGACAGCAAGCACAAAGACCAUUACAAAGUAUACAAUCUAUGUUCAGAGAGGAGCUACAACAAAAGCCGCUUCCACCACAGAGUGGAGUACUAUCCCUUCAACGACCACCAUCCACCUCCACUGGAAUUACUAAAACCUUUUUGUGAAGACGUCGACAAAUGGCUAUGCCAGCAUUGCCAGAAUGUAGCUGUGAUUCACUGCAAGGCUGGAAAGGGCCGGACAGGGGUCAUGGUAUGCUCAUACCUCUUACACAGGGAAAAGCAUAAGACCGCUGAGGAAGCUUUGAGUUAUUAUGGGGAAACGAGAACAAGGAAUAAAAAAGGAGUCACAAUUCCGAGUCAAAUUAGGUAUGUGAAGUACUAUGGACAUCUUGUGGCCAAUCAGCUGACCUACCAGCAAACUCCGCUCGUACUUAUGACCAUUAGGAUCCAGCCCAUUCCUAUUCUUAAUGGAGCUUCCUGUUCCCCCUACUUCGUCAUCUGCCAUCCCCACGUCAAGCACUACCAAUCUGAAGUUUUUGAGCACCUGAAGCGAGAGUACGUGCUGUUCGACCUGCCGCUAACCAGGCCCUCAAUUCUCUGCGGCGAUUUCAUGGUCGAAUUUUUCAACAAGAUCAAAAUGAUGAAACCCGAGAAGUUGUUUCACUUCUGGUUGAACACAUUCUUCAUAAGGGAU